UUAAUUAAAACUGACAGGCUGCAUACCAGCAAAAACAACACACGCGACAACUUGUUCAAGACAUAAAGAGGUCAGCAGCUGGCCCAUACUUCCGGUCACUGCGGUAUCUCGUUGUCGCUGGCCCCUGGCCUUCCAUCACGAUGGAAGGUGAUGGCCCCGUCGCGCCUGUACCGCCAUCGCAAGUUCAGAAAUUCAUGCGCUACCGCUCAGUGCGCAGAAGUGCCGCCAAAGAGCACGAACCCAGCAAUCCUCCCCCAAUGCCACAAGCUUCGCAGACUACCUUGACACGACUACCAUCGCGAUAUCGCCGCUCAAGUAAGUCGGCAGCCGAAGGCACUCCACUGCCCAACGCACCCCAAACCACCGGUGCAACGCAUCAUGCGUCAGCUCCUGUGGUCGACGCGCAACCGCAUUCCACGACCGAUAACUCUACGGACGAUGAGUACGUCAAAGUUGGAUCUACGAGAGGCCGCAGAAUGGUCAUAGGAAACAAUGCGCAAGUUAGUUAUAGCCAAUCUCGAAACCCGCUCGAGCGGAGCGAGCAACGUCCAAGAACAGAAGAUGAGCAGAUCCGACGAUCGCUGGAGAUCGCUAGGGAAGAGGCUAGGCUCAUUCUUGAGGGCGAAGACGACCGUGUGCGGGCUUUGCGACGAGCCGAGACAGAACGGCGGCGCACUCAGCGAGAGGUCCGGCAGGAGAGUGACCAGCCCAAGUCCCGUACUUUGGUCAUUGGGCGAUACACUCCCUCGGAUCAGGAGAGAGGACACAUCCAUGCCUCAUCAAAUGUCGAGCCUCCUCAUAAGCCAGCCGUAAGCCACAGCAGAUCAAUUAGUGUCGGAAAGGCAGCGAAAUCACUGCCAGUGACGGCCACAAGUGAUGUGGCCCCAUAUGAUGUUCCAAUGUCAGCAGUUAAUGCCGGCUCAAGAAGAAUAAGAAUUCGAUACAAGGACUCAUCUCUCACCAUUCCCAUCACACCCUCCAGCACAUGCCGGGACGUCUUGAACUGCGUGGCCAGACAUGUGCACGAACCCAUCAACGUCCAGACUGCAGUCCUGGUGGAGUCUUUCUCUCAGUUAGGCUUAGAGAGGCCCAUACGCAGAUAUGAGAGGAUCCGAGACAUACUAAACUCGUGGGAUUCCGAUGAGCGCAACGACCUGGUGAUCAAGGCUGAAAGCGCAUAUACAAGUUUAGACCUACGAGAGAGCGGAGCACCCAGUCAACAACCCGUAGGAGGGACCGUUCAAAUGUAUUAUUCGCAGAAGCCGGGCAGAUGGGAUAAGAGGUGGAUUCAGGUGAGAAACGAUGGACAAGUCAUGAUAUCCAAGAACGGCACCGAUUCUACCAAUAUCUGCCAUUUGUCGGACUUUGAUCUCUACGACCCGACCGAGGCGCAGAUUAAAAUCCUCAAACCCCCGAGAAAGAUGUGCUUUGCCCUCAAAAGCCAGCAGAAGCCAUCCCUAUUUCUGGAGGGAGCCAACUAUGUUCAUUUCUUCAGCUCGAAGGACCAAGCAAUCGUUCUUCCGUGGUAUCAUGCCGUCCACGCAUGGCGCAAUUGGUAUCUGUUCAAUCUGGUUGGGUACAAGGAACCAACUCCUCCGAGUGCAGGGUCCUCCUCAAGUCGACCAAGCACAAGUCGAUCGAAGGAAUCAAUACCAACGGUACCUCAUUCUGUGAGACCCUUGUUGGAGGAUGUUGGCCGACCAUCUCAAGGCGAUGGCUCGAGACCACUGAUUGAGUUCACACCCAAGAAAUCGAUUACUGGGAGCAACCCCCCUACAAGUCCGAAACAUUCUAAAACGAACUCGGCGCCGCCUUCCGCAUUCACGCGUGGCCUUCUGGAGGGAGCUGUUCGUCCUGGUAGUUCCGACAGCUUUGAAGGGCGUGGGUUUACAGGGACCGGAUUGCUUGCACGCAGUGCUAGUCGACGAGCAGCACCUGCUGAUGGCAAACCGCUGAUCGAUUUGCAACCCACGAGUGAGUUCACGGACGGCAGUCUACUUCGGAGGCUGGAAGCGAUUGCUGGUCCGCAGGUGCAGCCGAGUCACAAAAUCGAUCGACAGAAAGAAGGGAGAGAGAUUACAAUACCCGUCGGAGAAGGGUUUGACUAACACGGAUUGGUGCUGGCACCAGGCGUAGGCUGAGCAUGAUGUUGCUCGCAUGAACACGACGAUAUAUGAACGAAACGAGACAACUCAGCCUUAUGAAAAAUUGAGAGCCGUCAUCGAAUGAACGAAUUAUUGAUAGUUGACGACGAACAUUUGCCUCCCUUACUGUACAUUUCACCUGUUGGCUGUGACUGCAUCCGCGGACUUCCUCGCUGGUUCGAUUUGCGAGAUCUGGCAUCACUGGGUCAUACAAUCAUGUCGUUCGCUGCUCACUGGUUUGCCAUCGAUAGAUAUCAUUGUGCUUGGCGUCGAUGACAUCAACGCCCAUAUGCAUUGCAAUAUUAGCUUAGUACUAGAUACCGAGUCGACUGCGCAAUGACCAUCAA